CCGGAAGUGAACAUCAUGGCGGCUUACUACUGACAAGACGUGGGAAAGCUAUAUAAUUUCUGUUUAGCCUCAUUUUUCAGUAGUACAGCAGAAUUAUUUUGUUGGGGAAAAGACUAAACCAUGGAUUUUCAAAAUCGGCCUGGUGGGAAGACAGGAACAGGAGGUGUUGCUUCGGCCUCGGAGACAAAUCGGGAUCGCCGAGAGCGGUUGAGGCAGCUUGCUCUUGAGACCAUUGAUCUUAACAAGGAUCCAUAUUUUAUGAAAAAUCAUUUGGGAUCUUAUGAGUGCAAGCUGUGUCUAACCCUACACAACAAUGAAGGCAGCUACUUGGCUCAUACUCAAGGGAAAAAACAUCAGGCUAAUCUUGCAAGAAGAGCAGCUAAAGAGGCUUUAGAGGCUCCAGUUCAACCUGCACCAGAAAGACCAAAAGUAGACAUCAAACAUUUUGUCAAAAUUGGAAGACCUGGUUACAAAGUGACCAAACAAAGGGACCAAGAAAGUGGUCAACAGAGUUUGUUGUUUCAGAUUGACUACCCUGAGAUUGUAGAAACAAUACAGCCUCGUUAUCGCUUCAUGGCUGCUUAUGAACAAGAGUUGAACCCUGACCGUCGGUGGCAGUAUCUUCUUUUUGCUGCAGAGCCAUAUGAGACUAUAGCUUUUAAAGUCCCCAGUCGUGAGGUGGAUAAAGACCCCAAGAAACUGUGGACUCAUUGGAAUCGUGAAACUAAACAGUUUUUCCUUCAGUUUGCUUUCAAGAUUGACAUGAAAAGCAUUAAUAUCCCUCCUCCCAUCCCACCUCCAGCAGUCCAUCUACCACCACGGGGACCUAUGCCACCACGUCUCCCACCGCCUCCGAUGCCCCCACCUGGCGGAGUCCCUCCUCCACCCAGAGACUUGCCUCCUCCACUUACAGGAGGUCCACCUCCCAUGCCUCGCCCACCUCCUCCAAUGAGCCUGCCACCAGGGAUGAUGCCCCCAGCUCCUCCUCCAGUAGGGACACUGCCAUCUGGCCCUCCUCCUCCUCCACCUGUGCCACCACCCAUGCUUCCUCCAACAGGGCCUCCACCGGCUGCACCACCCCCAAGUGUACCACCACCUGGUGGUGUGCCCCCAGCUGUUGCUCCACCUGCACCAGCACCUCCGCCGCCUCCACCCCCUCCAUCUUAAAACUUUGUUUUCUUAGACACGUUAGUCUUAUGUGUUGACUUCAUUUUCAUCUUUACAAUAUCUAUUGGUUAAUGACAAAAAAAUUGUCAGAAUAUGUAUUGUUCAUGUGAGAAACUUAAUUUUGGGCCUGUUAAUAACUGACAACUUUAGAAUGUUCAGUUUAAAAACAUAUUCAUACCUUUAAUAUCAGUAAAGUGCAUUCAUUGCAACUAUUUCUUAUGAAAUAAAAGUAUACUUUACAUGUC